GUGACGCCAAAUAUAAUUAUAUGUAUCACAAGAAGAAAUAAAGGCAUCAACUUUCCCACAUAUAUCUUUAAAUACAAGACAUUAGACACAAGUAGUCUUUAAUCCACUCCUAUCCGUGAACAAAAUAAAUUUUUCAAAAACUACUCAAUUUCUUUCCAACUCUCUUCAAUUAUUAAUAAUGACAGUACAAGCAGUUUCUUCCAUGGCUCCAUCGUCUACCGCGAGUUUUCAGCGGUCGUCAUGGCAUUCGCCGGUGCCAUACCUUUUUGGAGGCCUUGCAGCUAUGUUGGGCCUCAUUGCUUUUGCUCUUUUAAUUCUUGCAUGCUCUUAUUGGAAGCUCUCGGGCCACAUGGAUAACCGUGGUGAAGAAAGCGAAAGAGAUCUUGAGUCCGGAAACUCAAAAUUAGCUGACAAUGAUGAAAAAGAACCUCCAGUUAUGGAAGAGAAGUAUCUAGUCAUUAUGGCGGGUCAAGUAAAACCAACGUUUUUAGCUACACCUGUUUCUAGUAGAGCUUCUUCGUUUGGUAGUUGUAGUUCUCGGGACAAUUCUUCGUCUUCUGACGACAAAUCGUCGUCAGACGUGAUGGAAAUGAUGGAAGGGAAGGAGUAGCAAGUAGUAGGCAUGGUGAACCUAUAGCACAUUCUCACCAUUUGUAUAGAAUUACGAUUUGUGUUUUCCUUUUUCUCAAAAAAAUUCUAGAGUUGAAUGUAAAAAUGAACGAGAGAGACCUAGUGGUGAUAUUUGGGACCCAGGGCCAUGCCCCCUGUUUUUUCAGUGGUGUAGUUUUAUUGAUAAUUUGUUUGAAAAAUUAAGAUGUAUAGUAAAGGCGGCCUGCUUGAUUAUUAUUAA